CCGAGUGUGGUUUCCAGGGAAACUGGAAAUGUGAAGUUUUUCAACAGGCGCAGCAGCCACAGCUUCAGGAGCUACGAUUGCCUCAGACAGAUUCUUCUACAGACAAACCUGUAGCCACAGCUCUCAGGAUUAGUCAAAAGCAGGAAAAUCGAACACCUUAAAUAGAGUGUCCAUCAACUUGAAGUUUGGAUCAUGCUUGACUGCAAUGUGACAGAUUGUCUUGCAGAGGCUCCCUUAGACUGAAGCGACUGCUCAGGAACAUCUUCCACAGAACAAAAUGGGAAGUCUCAAGGAUGAAACGAGAGGUUUUGGGAAAGAGAAUGGUGAGUGUGCAGAUGCGGACCCCAUGCUUGAAGGACCUCUAAUGAGCACCUCUCAAGAAUCAACAGGUCGCGGGGGCGAUCAUAUAGAACUACUGCAUGAUGUCAGCAGUGGCAAUGAUGGUCAGAAAUAUGUGAAGAAACCAGAGGAUGCAAAAUCAGGAAAGGUUUGUGAUAAUAGUCUACGCUCAGAUUUUAUAAGCAUGAAAGACAGGGAGCAGAUUGAAGCUGUCCGUUUGGAACAACAACCUGAGAGUGACAGAACAACCGCCGUGGAUGGGUCCCCCGACUAUGAAGGUGUUGCCACUCAAGACAUGGACAACGUGCCUGAAGACAAAGUCUUGUUUUCUUUGCCGUCAACUGGGGACCCCUGUGACCCAAAUUCCCCCGCACCUUUUGGGCAGCACCAUAUGCGUACGCAGGUCAGUCUAGAGGUGGUCCAAUGUCACUCAGCUGCCACGAGCCCCAUGACCCCACCCGAGGGCGCUCAUUCUUUCAUCUUCCCAAACUCCUUUCGGAGAUCUGAAGCUGAUGCUCAAAUGCAGGUGGGUCAGCAAGUGGAGUUUUGCUCCGUAGCCACAUCUCCCAUGACUCCAGAGACGCCCUCGACCACAGCUUUCCCAGCACUCGCUGGGAGAGAUGUUAGUGGGACACAAAAGAUUACUCCCACAACAAAAAGUCCAGCAGAAGCCGAGUCUGACGCAAUCAUCAAGUCUUCUACAGAAACUGCCGCCUGUUCUCCAGAGUCGCGAGUGGAGGAUGGCAAUCAACAGUGCAAGCAAAAACGGAUGGGGAGCAUGGACCAAGAUAUUACCAUCUUGGUGACUCAGUAUGAUAAUGACAAGAUGGAAGAGAGAGAAUGCCAGGAGUCAUCUUUUCAUCCCCUAGAGAUAACCAAGACAGAAAAUGAAGAAAGGGACAACAAAGAUUUCAAGAGGGAGGAAAAUGCCUCAACAAAAGCUGCCGAUCCUUAUCAGGAAUCAAACGCAAAGUCUACUCAAAGCAAAAUGCAAACAAGCAAGACAUCGGUUUGCACCAACCAAACACCUCUAAAACCUGACAUCCAACACGUUCGCCGCGAGGAAAAGGAAAUGUCAAAGCCGCCUGUCCCGGAGUCUCCAGCUCCAGACGGCUGCCACAACAUCCGCACGCAAGUAAGUCUGGAAGUGGUGCAGUGUCAAUCUGCAGCCACCAGCCCUAUGACCCCUCCUGAGGGCGAUCACGCUUUCCACUUUCCAAGUGACUGCGAAAGAACGGUGGCCCGGACGACAGAUGCAGAGAUACAAGUGGGUCAGCAAGUGCAGCAUCGCUCGACUGCGACGGCACCUAUGACGCCGAGGACACCCACCGUGACCACUUUUCCUGAGAUCGGAAAAGAAGCCAGCACGGUGAAAAAGAACGAUGAGGACGAAGAGGAUCAGAAGGCGGACCAGGCAAGUCAAGUUAAAGUUGAGGAAAAAAAAGAGGUGACGGUGGAAAAUGUGGUGGAAGAAGCCGAAGAGGAAAAUGACUGCAAGGAGAAGAGUGAGGAGGUGGUGCAGGAGGUGAGCUGGGACGAGAAGGGCAUGACGUGGGAGGUGUACGGAGCGGUGGUGGAAGUGGCCGUGUUGGGCUCGGCCAUCCAGAAGCACCUGGAGAAACAGGUGAAGAAGCAGAAGAGGCAGCCCACGUUACCUCCCCCUCCGCCCCUCAACCCCUCGGCCACACCACUGGCCUAUGACACAGCCCGAGGAGGGUCGAGCAGGUGUCGGGCAGCGAAGACGAGCGAGCGGGAUGUCAACGUGGGCCGUAACAGAAGAAACCCAUUUCGCCUCUUGAUGGAGAACAUGCAGCAGCCGCAUUGCUGCUCUCGGGCGCACACCACAGAGUGACUGGUUAAUGCCGAUCCGUCUGUCCAUCCAUUUACUACCACCUACCGUGUCCAGGGUCUUGAUUGAGCUGGAGCCUCUUCCAGUUGACUUUUGAGGCCGAGGUUGGCAGAGCACCGCGCGAUGCCUCAUGACUUUAGACUUUCUUUCAUGUGAUGAAGAAGUGGAACCUCCAAAGUUGAACAUAAUCCAUUCCAUGAUGUUGGCUCACUUUCAGGCUGUUCGAUUGCUCCAAAAUGGUUCCACAACACACACUACUCAGAAAAAGUUUGCGAUACAGUAUUCAGCUUUCGGGAGAUAUUUCUGGAGAGACCUAACAUCUGCUACAUUCUUUACAGGUAAACGUAUUUGACCUUCUCGAAACUUCUGUCCCACCGUUCAAUAUUUCCAUCCCUUGUGGAGAACUUGCUGUUUUCUAACAAGGAGCUAAACAGGAAAAUGCAUUCAGAACAGGUGUUUGGUCCACGAACUGACCGAUACAUUUUCUGGUUCAAUUAAAAUUGGCAUUUAAACACUCCUCUUCAUCAGGCCGUUAACUGUUUGACCUCAAGAGACCAAGACGACAUCUAGCAAUUGAUUAAUUCAAUCGUGCCUGCCAUUGGGAGGCUUCAAAUAGGACGUUCUCAAAGGAAAAUGGCCGCUGUCAUCAACAGGUUGUGAGAAAAAGAGAGAGAGAGACCGGAAGACUGACAGAGAGAAAAAUAAGUGGCUUUGCUUGCAAACGUAAAGAGCCGAUUCAUGGAUCAAACACCUAUUGUAGAUUUUAUAACUCACUUUGACAGAAGAUAGUCAGCCUCUACUUGCUCCAGCUUUGCCGCAACCAGGCUGUAACUGUAGCCAACACGAAACCUUAAUUCGUUCUUUAUGUGAUUUUAUUUAAUUGUUUUUCCAAGUACCAUUUUUUAGCUAUUGUACAAUUGUAAAGCGAUGUUAACUGCUAACUUAACUUACCCUUUGACGACACUCAACAAACAAGUAAUGGACAAAAAAUUCCAUCGGCAACAAAAAAGUCAGCCGGGAUAGGCUCCAGCUUCCUGCAGCCCCGAACGGUACACGUGUCUGUCGGCAGGCAGUGCAGGAACACAUCUUGAGCUUCACGGUGCCUCUGUUGGUAGGUACUGUACAAUUAAUGUAUGCUCAAUUGUUUGUUGUGAAUUACUGUGAACUAAUGUUUUGAAUGCAGUAAAAGUAGUAUGUUUGUUAUUUGUUGGCAAGU